UUAUUAGGAUAAUAUGGUCGGUCCAUUAGGAAGUUCAUGAAAUGUGCUCAUAAAUCAGUGCGCCAAUGUGUAUUUAUAUGAGCCGGUUUGAAUGAUGUGAUCGGAAUCUGAGCAAUUUGAUUAUAUUUGUUCUUUUAGGGACUCUUAUGGGUUCGCUGUUCGACCUCAACAUCUCCAUAGAUACAGAGAAUAUAGCAACAUUUUCAAGGAAGAGGAGGAAGAGAGAUCGAAAAAGUGGAGGAACUUUCUUGAACAGUUUUCAGAAUCUGCCGAGCCUUCUAAACUUAUUGCAGAGAGCUUGGAAACAUCAGAAGAAGAAGCAGAAACUUUGAGUGAAAACACAGAAGCAGAAGCUGUACCAGAUAAACUCCUAGGGCAUGAAUUUAAUGAACAGAAAUUGCUGUCCGACAGUAGCAAAGCUGAAGAAAUGCAAGAAACAAAGCGUAAAGAGAUUAGAACUUGGGGUCCAAUUAGACCAAAUCUGGAUUCCAUUCAGAAAAUGAUGUGUGCCCGUAUCAAGAAUAGAGCAUUUUUAGCUGUUAAUGAUGAUGACCAUGUUUCCUCAAUACAAAAGCAUUUGCCAUGCAUUGAUGAGGAGAUACAUGAAAUUGAAAGAGACAAGGAAAAGAGUUUGGAUGAUAUUGAUGAAUCUUUCUUUCCUUGGAAAGCAGAACUGGAGUCGCUUGUCCAAGGGGGUGUGCCCAAGUCUCUCAGGGGAGAGGUUUGGCAAGCUUUUUUGGGUGUGCAAGGGCGAAGAGUAGAGAGUUACUACCAGAAAUUGCUGUCUUCAGAAAUGGAUGCAAGUGAUUCUUCUACUGCAAAUGCUUCUGAAAUAUGGAAGAAGCAGAUUGAGAAGGAUUUGCCUAGGACAUUUCCAGGUCAUCCUGCAUUGGAUGAAGAAGGCAGAAAUUCCCUGCGUCGGAUACUUACAGCAUAUGCUCGCCAUAAUCCGUCAGUUGGAUAUUGUCAGGCCAUGAAUUUCUUUGCCGGCUUAUUAUUACUUUUGAUGCCUGAAGAGAAUGCUUUUUGGAGUCUAGUAGGUGUAAUUGAUGACUGCUUCAAUGGAUGUUAUACGCAUGAGAUGAUAGAGUCUCAGGUGGACCAACUUGUUUUUGACGAGUUGAUGAGGGAAAGAUUUCCUAAGCUAGUUAACCACCUUGAUUACUUAGGAGUUGAGGUUGCAUGGAUAUCUGGAUCUUGGUUUCUCUCUAUUUUUGUGAAUAUGCUUCCUUGGGAGAGUGUUCUACGAGUUUGGGAUGUACUUUUGUUUGAAGGUAACCGUGUUAUGUUGUUUCGAACUGCGCUCGCCUUGAUGGAGCUAUAUGGUCCUGCCCUAGCUACAACAGAAGAUGCUGGGGAUGCUGUUACCUUGUUGCAAUCUCUCACCGGAUCAACUUUUGAUAGUAGCCAACUUGUUUUAACUGCUUGCAUGGGUUUUCUCACUGUUACUGAAGCCAGAUUAGAAGAAUUACGAACAAAGCACCGACCAUCUGUUCUAGGAAUUAUCGAGGAAAACUCAAAAGGAAGUCCAGUUUCACAGAGCUCUAAAAGUAUUGCAUCGAAGUUGUACAGUUUCAAACAUGAUGCUCAGUCACUCAUCAAAGACCCUAAUACUAAUAAGGGGUUUGAUGGAAACUUGAUUAAUUCAAUGGGAUCUAAGGUGAACUCUUCACCGAGUAACUUUGAUGAACUUAUGUGUGACCUAAGCAUUGAUUCAACAAUCAACUCUGUUCCAGAUCUUCAAGAACAGGUAGCGUGGUUAAAAGUUGAGUUAUGUCAGUUGAUGGAGGAUAAAAGAUUAGCGACUCUUAGAGCAGAAGAACUAGAGACUGCAUUUCUUGAGAUGGUUAAACAAGAUAAUCGACUCGAAUUAAGUGCAAAGGUUGAGCAAUUGGAGCAAGAGGUUGCACUGCUUCAGCAAGCACUCAGUGAUAAGCAGGAACAAGAACGAGCAAUGCUUCAGGUCCUUUUGCGUGUUGAGCAAGAACAGAGAGUUACUGAAGAUGCUCGAAUUGCUGCUCAGCAAGAAGUCACUGCUCAAAGAUAUGCUGUUCAUAUACUUCAGAAAAAACAUGAGAAGGCUAUGGCAUCUGUGGCUGAAAUGGAGAAAAGGGUGCGAAUGGCGGAAUCAAUGUUGGAGGCUACUCUUCAGUAUGAAUCUGGUCAAGCAAAAGCCCAACGUUCUCCACGGUCUGCUCAUCCUCCUGAGUCGCCCCAGAUAGGAAGAAGGAUAGGUCUACUGUCAUUUGGACUAGGCUGGCGUGAUAGAAACAAGGAAAAAUCACUAACUGAUGAGGAGCUAAGUGAAGGCAAAAGCCAAUCAUAUACUGAGCAGCCUAGGAAGAAUGAAAGUUAGUGAUCAUAUUAUAUACGACUUGUAUUGGAGACUAAAACGUGUCUCGAUUCUCGAAGCCUUUCGAAACAUGCCCGUGCUGCUGGAUUUGCUUCGCUUUUUAAUGGCUCGGUCGCUUGGAUAACAAAAUGUUUAGAGCGUACUUGAAGAUGUCAUUUGUUGAAGAAGUUCCUGAUAUGCCUAUUUGUGAAGUUAAUAGUCAUCCUAUCUGUAGUCAUUCUUUAUUGAUUAAACCUGCACUUGACUAAUUGUAUCCUAAACUUAGGGGAUUGUUUGGUAACUAUAUUUUCUGAAUUAUGCUGAUAAGCAAAAAAAUGUCCAAAAUUUCCAAAUCAUGGUGUUAAAUUCAUAAUUUUUAAAAAAUAUAAAAAAUUAGAACUUUUAAUGAAAAUUUACUUCCUAUAUUAAAUAAAUAAAUGACCUCUUAAUUUAAUAGUGUUCAAUCUAAAAACAAUUACU